ACCAGCAAACCAGCGGGGCAUCACAGCCACCGAGUCCGCAGACGGGCACCCGAGGGGAGGCGAAAGACGCGCGCAGCACCCUUACCGCACAUACCGAGCGAGGACCAUGGAGAGCGCAGGCAACGGCUCGGGCGCGGAUUACCGGAGCCAGCUCCCCGUGCUUUACAACAACGACAGCAGCAGCUUCUGUCGGAACUUCACCGACGGCAACAACACCACGAGCUUCGCGGAGGGGCGAUGCGGCGAGGAGCGCGGACUGACCGGCAGCCUGGAGGACGACGCCAACCCGGUCAUCAUAGCGAUUGUCAUCACCGCUCUCUACUCCAUAGUGUGCGUGGUGGGGCUGGUUGGAAACGUGCUGGUCAUGUAUAUCAUCGUCAGAUACACUAAAAUGAAGACUGCCACCAACAUCUACAUCUUCAACCUUGCUCUGGCCGACGCCUUGGUCACCAGCACGCUACCAUUCCAGAGCGUCAACUACCUGAUGGGGACCUGGCCUUUCGGUGACGUGCUUUGCAAGAUGGUGAUGUCCAUCGACUACUACAACAUGUUCACCUCCAUCUUCACGCUCACCACCAUGAGCAUUGACCGCUACGUCGCUGUGUGCCACCCAGUCAAAGCACUGGACUUCAGGACACCACAUAACGCCAAGAUAGUCAACGUCUGCAACUGGAUUCUCUCCUCGGCCAUUGGGCUGCCCGUCAUGUUCAUGGCCUCCACCGCGGUCACUCCCUCCAGCAUUGUUGACUGCAAGCUGGUUUUCCCCCACCCCUCCUGGUACUGGGACACCCUGCUGAAGAUCUGCGUGUUCAUCUUUGCCUUCAUCAUGCCCGUGCUCAUCAUCACUGUCUGCUACGGUCUCAUGAUUCUACGGCUGAAGAGUGUGCGCAUGCUGUCGGGCUCCCAGGAAAAGGACAGGAACCUGCGUCGGAUCACCCGCAUGGUCCUGGUGGUGGUUGCCGUCUUUAUCGUCUGCUGGACACCUAUCCACAUCUUUGUCAUUAUCACAGCUCUGAUUAAUAUCCCCAGCUCCACACUGCAGACUAUCACCUGGCACUUUUGCAUCGCUCUGGGCUACACCAACAGUAGUCUGAACCCAGUUCUUUAUGGCUACCUGGAUGAGAACUUCAAACGUUGUUUCCGUGAGUUCUGCACCCCGAGUCCAUCAGUGUUGGAGAUGCAGAACUCGUCCCGGACCGGAGCCACUAGCCGCAAGGUCCCACAGCGCGAACACAACAGUGCAAACACAGGAGAAAGGUCCAAUCAACAGUUUCCCGGUCAAUUCUCCAGCUCAGAUCUGGAGUUGGCCCCAGGUGCCGCACAAUGGCUGCCCAAUUACUCCUAG